UAUAAAAGUACUUGAGACCUGGGUAGUGUUACAGUCCGUCACGCGAAAUCAAGAUCUCUCCGGGUUAGGUUCGGAAUUUCAUUUCGCUCGACUCUAUCGUCGGCCCUAUCCGGUAUACCGGCCCGCCUUUCGGAGGAAGUACAGCGAAACGGCCUCUAGGACUCCAGCUGCCAAUUCGAUUCAAACCGCCGGCAGACAAAAGCUAUCUCUCCCGCUGCGAACCCCGACUACAUUCCCCGACCCUGCCUGUCCACCAGAGCCGGAGGCUACUUGAGGAUUUUCCUCCCCACUACACCGUAUUAGUUCUCGGUACGCUCUGACGUUUGGCGCCCUUAAAAACUCGCGCCUGACUAGAGGGGAGAUCUGUGGCUUCGAUUUGUGAAGCGCCUCUACUUUUAUGUCAUACAUUUUUCAACACAGGCGUUCGUUCGCGCGGUACGUAUACACAGACGCUACGCAUACACAAACCCGGACUCCGAGCGGGUAGGCUUUACGUGCUGAUGUAGGUUUGGAAAUUUGGCGGAUCUCUCGGUAAAAUGUUGUGAUUGAGGGCUGAAAGGAGACGGGCUGUUCCUCCUCGGUACGCUGGGGGAAUUUCUGAGCCAUCCCCGGCCGGAGAGACAACGGGCAGUCACGGGUGAGGACGGGGCAGAGGCGGGAGGGAUUCACGGAGAGAAGGGAUGUCGAGACAAACAAGGCUUUACAUCAUGGUGGGCCUGGCUUUCACGUUGGGAACUCUCUUCGGGCUGAUGGUGCAGCUCCCCACGACAACCAGGGAAGACGGGCGGGCCAGGAGGCACGCUGUCCCCGAGGAAACGGCGAAGAACAGCCGCUGGAAGGUCGGGCUGAGGAAGCCAGCCGCCAUCUUCGAGUCGGAAGCAUGGGAGGGAGGGAGGGACGAUGCACUGAUAGAUAGAGAUGAGAGUGGCCAUAUCUCGGCUGUCAGCGGCGGGCCAACCUCGCAGGAACAUCAGGGAGGGGACAAAUCACGGCUACCUGUUGAUCCCCGCCGUUCGGGAGAGGGUCACGCGGGGCAACUUAACCCUGUGGCCGAGAAAUUACAGGACCUUAAUCGGCCUGUUGCGUCGGAUCGAACAAGGGCGGGCAUCGGGGGAAACGCGACCGGUAAAUCACGCCUGUCAGUCCGGGAGGGGUUCAGACAAUGGAGUGGAGCUAACCACACCGUUACGUUCCGAUCGAUCGAGGACGUAGUGCGGGGCGGCGUGUUCUGGAGCAGGCAGGUGGAGGAGGCGACGCCGCGGGGAUGGGACGGCACCGCCGCCGAGGACUGGAUGAGACGCGCCCGGCUGUCCCGUGUCGUGGCCGUACAGGAGGGUUGUGGGCGCAUGCUCAACAGAUUACUGACCCUGGAAGACGGUUCUCUAAGCUGCGCACGAUACCGACAAAACACGGACCAAAUACAAGGAGAAGUGUUCUCUUAUUACCUCAGCCGUGUGCUUGAAAUCCCAAACGUGCCUCCGUGUGUCCUGAGCACGGUCAACACCAACUCUCACCAGUGGACAGAGGUGUCACACGACGUGCACCUGUCCCAGUGGAACGAGGGGAAGUUGGUCAUCCUCUCCCGGUGGGCGGACCACCUCAUCCCCGCCUACAUCCCGCGCAAGCUCCGGUACGACGACCGGCGCCUCCACCCCGUCCCCGAGGACCUGGUCGGGCUGUCCGCCGCAGAGCUGGGCGAGCUCGCGCAGUGGUCAGAUCUCAUCGUGUUCGAUUACCUAACAGCAAAUUUUGACCGCGUGGCCAACAACAUGUUCAAUCGUCAGUGGAACUCACAGAUCAUGGACUCCCCUGUCCACAACUUGGAGAAGUCUGCGACAGACGGUUCUCUGGUGUUCUUCGACAACGAAAGCGGACUCCUCCACAGUUACCGACUCCUUGACAAAUACGCACACUUCCACGACUCUCUCCUCAAGUCGCUGUGCGUCUUUAAGAAAAGGACCGCUCACAUCAUAGAGAGUUUGCACAAAAAGAAAGACGUCGGGGACCUUCUCUUGAAAGAAUUCAAAGCGAACGAGCCCCUCCAAAGAUGGCUGCCUUUUCUUCCGGAUGCGAAUCUCAGGACGUUGAAUGAGAGGAUUGAUUCAGUCUACGAACAGAUCCACAAGUGUCGGAAGACAUACCACGUAGAGGGAAGAUAGGAACAACCUGUUGCUUUCGUACGGGCUCAGAAAGAACACAAAAAUGUUGCUUUGUGCAAAAUAGUUAUACCUGUUGUCAUACUGCAAGCUUUCAAGGAGGAAUCAACAAGACAACUGACUGUUUUGUAUACCAGGUAAGGUUUUGAAACAGUGCUUUAGUCAGUCUACAUAUCGUCUAGUGCCCUUUGCGUAUAUCAUGGGAACAUAUAGUGAACUGUACAUGUAGAAGUGAACUCUAAUUUUGUAACAGAUGUGUUUUGUAUUAACUAUGUCAACGCCAAUGAUAAAAAGAUAUUGUGAUAUUUGUGAAAAAAAUGUAACGUGGCAUCCGGUUAUGUCGUUGUUAGUCUACAAAUCAGGCUUCGGAGGGAUGUCCUAAU